AUGGCUGAAUCAGAUCCAAAGAUAGCUCAACAAAAUGAUGGUGAAUUGGUUUACUAUACGGAAUUAGAAAAAUAUAUUAAUUCCUUAAGUACAAAAUUUCAAGAAAACAGUGUUAUAAAACAAAGUGUUUAUGAUGAUAUCAUUAAAUGUUUACUAUCAUCCAAGGACAAACCAUUAGGUUUAUUUUCUUCAAAAUUUGUUUUUUGGGUUAAAAAACAUUUCAUUGCGAUCAAAAUUGCCGGUGUUGAUAUUGCUUGUUGUAUAAAAUCCAAAAAACCUAUUUGUAUUUAUGAAACUUAUUAUAAUGUUAUACGUGAAGCACAUAUUACUAUUUCUCAUGGAGGUCGUGAUAAAACAAUACAUGAACUUAAUUCUCAUUAUUCACGGAUUCCACGAUUUGCAGUUGAAAUAUUUUUAAAACAAUGUGUUUCAUGUCAAACACGAAAGCCAAUUAAACAACAUGUAAUUACUAAACCUAUUAUUUCAUUUGGAGUAAUGACAAGAUUACAAAUUGAUUUGAUCGACAUGCGAACCAGAUCUGAUACAUUAAAUUCAGACAUUACUUAUAAUUGGAUCCUCAAUUGUAUUGACCACUUCAGCAAAUUUACUUGGGCAUAUCCACUGAAAAACAAAAGUGCGGUCGAUGUAGCGUUAAAAUUACGUAAAUUAUUUUUUACUUUUGGUCCACCAAGAAUAUUACAUAGUGAUAAUGGACGUGAAUUCGUCGCAAGUGUAAUUUAUGAAUUAAAAGAAUUAUUUCCAGAUAUGAUUUUUAUUAGAGGCAGACCAAGACAUCCACAAAGUCAAGGCUGCAUUGAAAGAGCAAAUGGGAUUUUCUGUGAUGCUCUUGGUAAAUGGAUGACUACAAAUAAUUCUUCACAUUGGUCAAAUGGUUUAUUACCCGUAGUUUACGGCAUUAAUACAAGAUUAUCAGAUGUUACUAAAACAACUCCAUAUCAAGUUAUGUUCGGGCAAGCACCUCGUUCUGAUUCAAAUUUUUGGAAACUUACUGAAGAAACUAAAAUUAUUGAUGAAGAAGAUUUAUCAACACCAGUUGCUGAUGCAAAUGAUGAUAAUAUCAUGAAUGAUAAAAAUGAUGAUUUUAAUGAUUGUGCUGACAAUAUUGAUCAAGAUAUUAUUCAACUUGUUCAGCAAAUAUCUGAUGAUGCUGUUGCAAGUUCAUUAGUUGACAUUUCAUUACCACAUUCAUCAACUGUUAAACCACAACAAACAAAACACGAUCUUAUCCGAGAAAUGGCCACCAAUAAUUAUUUGAAUGUUGCAAAUAAAAAAAUGAAGCUUUAUCAAGAUAGUGUAAUUAAUGAAACAGCAAAAUUUAAUUUAAAUGAUUGUGUUGGUAUUAAGAUUGAUACAGCUGAUAGAACAAAUACUGAUGCUAAACUUUUACCAUGCUUAAUUAUCGAAAAAAUUGAAAAAGAUGAAAAAAUUACGUUUAAAUUGGCAUGUCAAUAUGGUAAAUUAGAAAAUACUUACUCAAUUGAACAUCUCAUUGAUUUAAAAAUGGCUCGUCCAAAAGAAUUAAAACAAAUUAUUAUUGAUGAUUUAAAGGAUAUUACAUUUAUUGAAGCAUGUAAACUUUACGUACGCGCAUCCAUAACUGGUAAAACCUGCGACUGUAAAGGCAAGUGCUGUACAAAACAAUGUUCAUGUAAAAAAAUGGGAGUUUUUUGUUCAACAAAAUGUCAUUCAAAACGAGGUGGUUGUACAAAUAUGGGUCCAUAG